UCGUGUACGCUAGUUAUUAGGCGAAAAGCCCGUUUGCCACUUCUUCUAGCUAUUGUAUCGUUCGAAAUCGAUGGAUAUGACUAUGUGUGCUUGCUGUGUGAUGUGAGAUGCUGUUCUACCACCGACAAGCACGUUUUGGCACACCGAAGGAUCAUCAUCAUCUACAGAACGAGUCUUGCGCGCUGUCGAAGCAAGACAUCAGCUGUGAGAAUGAGGCGGAGAGUAGCCUGCAAAGGCGUUCCAUCAAACGGCUGGCGGCCAGCGCGAAGCAGAGUUCGGAUCUAGACCAUAACGGAUCUCUAGGAUCAGCAGGCAAAGGUGCGUCACCCACAAAGUCAUAAUGAGAACAUGGGCACCUGGCUUCCUAUAAUUCAAGAGUUGGCGGGGCGGCAUAAAUCGGUCGUUCUUCGGGCAAACUUCUGUUACCUGCAACAAGGCACAAUUAAGUAGAAAAUAACGACAGUGAUUCUUCCAAAGUCUCAUGAGUGUUCCAAUAUAGAAGUUUGAAAGUGUGUAAAUUUCGUCGCGGCGUGACUUAUGGUCAUUGAACUGUUUGAAGUUAUGUGCUAGAGAAAUAACAAGUGGAAGAGAGCGCCUAACUUAACUCGAAAUGACAGCUCUUUCUGCGCUGGCGAGGGAAGUCGGGGAGCACCAAUUGGAUGAAGUUGACAAACGCAUCCUCGAGCUACGAAAACUACCCGCGAAAGCUGUUCAGCUGGGUGUAGCAGCCACCCGGAGCUCGCUGCUUCCGGCUACGACGUUGUCAAUGGCCGAUGAAAAUGAACGGGUAGUACGUGAGUAUACAAAACUGCUAUCACAAAUGAUUGAUGAGGUCGGCGGACAAGAACAUAUCGACUGUCUUUUCGAUCAGCUACAGCAGAUCAUCAAUAUGGCGUUCAUGAACAUUUCUUCGGAAGAUCGAGAGCAGGUUGCGCAAGCGAUCAUAGCGUUAACAGAGUCGAUGCGUCUCGAAGACGUUGAUCGCUUAUUAAUUCCGUUGAUUGAGGAACUAUCACAGGACUAUUUUCUUAAAAAGUGCCUUUGUGCUCCCCUGCUGCCAACGGCGUUCACUAAAAGCCCUGCCCACCGUCAACGGGUUCAUCGCAUCUUCAUUGAGCUGUGCUCAGAUACAGCUGAUGUUGUUGUACAGGCGGCUUCAACCGUUCUGCCUCAGAUGAUUGAAAUAGUCGAGACAGUCGAGCAGGACUUGCAGGACGCUGUCAAAAGGCUUGUCAUUGACGCUUCGAUACCGAGCACCCGAAUGAAUGCUGUAAUUGCGGUUGUUGAACUGUUAGGCAAAGUAUCACUGGACCGUAAGGAGCAGCUUAUUCAAAAUGUUCUUCGGAGCGUUGUCCACGAUAAAGCAGACGAGGUGAGGGUGUUGCUAGCAGCUAAAAUGACUCGAAUUCAAGUGAACGUCGGCUAUCCGUUGAUGAAAAGCUUAGUGAAGUUCGUCGCCGGACACCUCGAGAAGGGCGGGACCAUGGUUAAAGUGAAGGCUAUAGAAAACUUUCCGGACUUCCUUCGGGGAUUUCCUAGCAGCGAAAUCCCAGGUCUUGUUGUUCGUUUCUCUAAUAUCAAAGAAUUAGCCCAGUGUGGUGACCGACCCGAAAAAACAGAAAGCGUACGAGUGGCGUUGGCAACCGCGCUAACCCAUUUGGCUAACAUAAUUCCUGCCGAACUAUAUCAGUCAGAGUACGUGCCUGUGAUUGAAGAGCUGAUGUCGGAUGAUAGUGCGAAAGUCCGAGAGGCUUUAGUAUCAAACAUCAGGCCGGUAGUUGCGCUUAUUGGCCAGGAGAGAUUCGUAUCAACGUUCCAGGACGUCGUUGUUGAAAUGGCAAGUCACUCGAAUUGGCGAGUACGUCAGUCUGUGCUAAACGCCAUAUCUGUCAUGAGUUUCCCAUCGGAGGUGGUCGGGAAUCUCGUUUCGGCAAUGCUAAAGGAUGAGUGUUUUGAGCUGCGUUCGGCAGCUGCCUCGCAAAUAAGAGACAUUAUCUGUAAAUACCCACAAAGCUAUAUGGUCGACAGGCUUCUUCGGCUUUUAGUCGACAUGGCAAAUGCUAAAGACAAAUUCACUCUAAGGGUAACAUCACUCAAAGCGCUGGACUGUUCAAUGGCCGUUUUACCGCAACGUUUUAUAGAUGAGACCGUUUAUGGACUUCUCAAGCGUCUUGGACGGGACAAAGUUGCCAAUGUUCGCUUAAACGCUGCGAAAUGUAUGGCAACUAUUCUUCUUCUGCCGCGUCCGGCAGAAGAUCAAGCGGUGCUAAUGAUAGCAGGACAGAAUGAGGAAACAAGACGAGCGGCACUAUUAGAGCACUUAAAGAGGCUCGCAAAAGAUAAAGAUUUCGACGUGAAACGGACAGCGAGCAAGAAACUUGGAUUUAUGCAAGGGCACACAAUGAUGGCAAACUCUCUUGCUAUGUCCGAGAUGAUGGUCUUCAGCGAAUCCUUUGAAGUGACCAGGAGCAGCACUGAGGCGAUUCAAGAUUAGGACCACAGAUGUUGGCCCAGGCACAUUCAUAUCUUGCCUAGAUAUGCCCGUGUACGAAGUAAACGUUGAAUUCCGGAGACUGUUAUUGCGGAGCUUCCUGUUCUCAACGCCUGCGCCUAGUAAACUCGGACGAUCAAUCCCAUCGAAAUCUGCUGCUGGAUAACAUUUAAAUUCACGAUUCUGGCUGACCUGUACGGAAGUACAACCGAUUGAUGCUAUCAAUUAGUCGUUAAUAAAUAAAUGUAUUAUCAGUAAUACCGGAUCCGGAUUCAUAGAAAAAAAAAAAGCUUGCAUAAAAAAUCAGCCAGUAUUUGUAUCUCCUCAACUUCAGACACGUUUCCAUCUCACGUAA